AUGCAAAAUGAAAGAAAGAUUGAUGUUACUCCAAGUAAUUAUUCCGUUUUGGAUACUGAAUUUGGAAGUAUGCGGGAACGAUUUGAAAAUGAAAUGAAGCAUGUCGAAGAAGAAAUGAAGCGUCUGAGAAGAGAAUUUGAAGGAUAUGCACCAACAUCACAACAACCAUCAUCUCAAACUGAUAAUCGUUCCAGCAGUUAUCAUCGUGAAGAAUCUCGACGUUACGAAUCUUCAACGCAAAGUGGUGGUGGUUUGCCUCCCGCAAGUGAUACGUUUCGCAGCGAGGGUGGUUUCACACGACCAGGCAUGAUGAGCAUCCGACCAACAUAUGAUCCGUACCUAGAAAAUCUUAAGUCGCCACUCAUUAAGGAUGAAAGUGAUGGAAAAACUUUAAGACUUAGAUUUGAUGUAGCACAGUACAAACCUGAGGAAGUCACAGUAAAAACGGUUGACAAUAAACUUCUGGUUCAUGCAAAGCAUGAAGAAAAGUCUCCGCAACGUACAGUAUUUCGAGAGUACAAUCAGGAAUUUAUGCUUCCUCGUGGUACUAAUCCAGAAUUAAUUAGCAGCACACUAAGUACGGAUGGAGUUCUGACUGUCGAAGCGCCACUACCACAUCUAGCUAUACAAUAG